AUGUCGUAUCUUCCGAACCGGAUUUACUAUCCAGAACUUAAGGACAUGGAUUCUGAUCGACUACAUCAGACGCUGAUCAACGUGCUCCUGUAUUCCUUGCUAGAGCUUAUCUCUCUUGUCGUGCUGGACGUAGUACUUCGUCGUCUUGUGCACUUCUCCCCGGUUUCUCAAUUGGCAUUUGUACUUAAAACGCAGUGGAGAAUGUCCUCCCUAGUUCAUUUUGGAGCGGACUACAGCUUCAAGUUCGCAUGGUUACGAGACCCGCCGACUAUUUGA